AUGAACGCUCCCGACAGAUUCGAGCUGUUCAUCCUCGCCGAUGGCGAGAAGAAGAUUUCCGAGACGCCGUUUGCCGGCAUGGCAAACACCUCGGACUUUUUGAUGAAGAAAGAGGACCACACGCUGGGCAACCUUCUUGCGGAGCAUCUGAAGAUGCAUCCCAAGGUCCUCAUGGCUGGUUAUAAGAAGGUCUUGCUCCGCGUCCAGACAGACGGCACCAUUACGCCCAAAGAGGCGAUUGUCGAGGUGUGCAAACAGCUGGUGGCAUCGCUCGGCCACCUGAGUCGCGAAUUCACGCGCGAGUACGAGCUGCGGCGUAUGGCUACGGUCGGCGAACAGCAACAGGGUGCGAAUGGAGGCUUGUGA